AUGCCAGCCACCACGAAGGCAAGCCGGAAGUGCAAGGCCAAGGCAAUUGACACCGGCUCGACAAGCAGCAAGAAGCCUGGCAAGAGGACCAAGACCAAGGCAGAUACGGGCACCGCCGCACCCAACUGGGAGUUGGCUACGCCAACUGCAGCACCUGCUCCUGCCGAGGACAAACUCGCUGCUACAGCGGCAGAAGCGAAGAAGGCCCAGAAUCCAUCCCUGCUCAUGAAGGGCGACAGGGAGGCCAGGAAAGCAGCGUGGUGGCGGUACGUUGGAGGCGGCCGAUUCCUCAGUGCCGUGCCGGGACUUUUCUCCGUCGUCCUCGUUGUCACUGGCGCUGCGCAGAAGGUUCACGUCCCCCCCAAAAGCGACCGGAAGCUGCUGUAA